GCAGGAAGCAGACCGCCGAGCUUCGUGUGCGGUUAGCUCGGAGCUAAAGCUAAAAACAGUUUGUUAAAAUGUCCAAAAGCCAAACACUGAGAGCUUUGGUGAAUGAGCGGCUGACUGCGGCUGCUGAAGAGAUCUUUGCGCUGUUUGAAAGAACGAUAGCGGAGUAUGAGGAGGAAGUGUGUCGCUCCAAAGAGGAGAACCAGAGGAAACAGGAGCUCCUGGACUCGAUACUGAGCCCCUCAAAGAGUCCUGGCCCCGAUCUGAACCAGGACCCUCCACACACUCCACGGAUUAAAGAGGAGCCACAGGAGCCAGAGGAGCCGAGCGUCAAACAGGAGGAACACACGCUCCUAGUUCAGGUGUCAGUGGGCAUCCCAGAGUCCAGUGCUGUUUGUGUGAAGACAGAAGAGUCCUCACUGUUUCAACAAAGACAAACUGAGCUCAGAGAGGAAACACAGGGAGAGGACAUCAGCGCAGAGACACAUUUACACUCCUCUAACACUGAUUAUAAAGACUGGAGAGCUCAGUUCAGCUGUUCAGCUGCAAAGAUGGAAACAGACGCUGAUGGAGACCAUGACAAUGAAGUCCAGAAAGGACAAAGGCUGAGAGCUUUAGUGAAUGAGAUCUUUGCUCUGUUUGAAAGAACGAUAACGGAGUAUGAGGAGGAAGUGUGUCGCUCCAAAGAGGAGAACCAGAGGAAACAGGAGCUCCUGGACUCGGCACUGAGCUCCUCAAAGAGGCUUGGUCCCCGGCCUAAACCAGGACCCUCCACACACUCCACGGAUUAAAGAGGAGCCACAGGAGCCAGAGGAGCCGAGCGUCAAACAGGAGGAACACACGCUCCUAGAACAGGUCUCAGUGGAUGUCCCAGAGUCCAGUGCUGUUUGUGUGAAGACAGAAGAGUCCUCACUGCUUCAACAAAGACAAACUGAGCUCAGAGAGGAAACACAGGGAGAGGACAUCAGCACAGACACACAUUUACACUUCUCUCACACUGAUUAUAAGGACUGGAGAACUCAAUUCAACUGUUCAGCUGCAAAGAUGGAAACAGACGUUGAUGGAGACCACGACAACCAAGUUCAGAUCCGAGCCAGAAGCUCCACUGCCCAAAACUCAGGUCUAUCCCCCAAAUACAAGUCUGUACCGGAGACCAGUGCCACUGUGAACAAUGGAGACAUGUCAGAAACAGCAGAAGGAGUUGAGGGUAAGAAACACCAGUGCUCUGUGUUUAAGAAGAGAUUUUGGACUGUGCAGGAAUUUCAAAGACCCUUCAGCUGUUCAACCUGUGAGAAGAGAUUUUUCUAUAAAUGUGAUCUAGAUGCACAUCUGAGAACGCACACAGGUGAACGACCUUUUAGUUGUUCAUUAUGUGAGAAGUCGUUUACUCAAAAGAGUCAUUUAACUGUACAUCUGAAAACACACACAGGUGAAAGACCUUACAGCUGUUCAGUAUGUGAGAAGUCAUUUUCUCAAAAGGGUAAUUUAAAUAAACAUCUGAAAACUCACAGGGAUGAAAGCACUUACAGCUGUUCAGUAUGUGGGAAGACGUUUAUUCUAAAGAGUAAUUUAAAUAAACAUCUGAAAACGCACACAUGUGACAGCCCUUACAGCUGUUCCGUCUGUAAUAAAAACUUUCCAGAAAAUUGGCAAUUGAAAAGACACAUGAGAAUUCACAGCACAGAGUGUGACUGAAUUUUUUUGUUUGUGUUCAUGAGACGUUUUAAAGAGCCCAGAGUUGUGUGUUGGAUUCUGCUGCUGACAACUCAAAUACAGAUGUUUGGAGCUGUUGUCUGUGUUUAAAGCUCCUGUACCUGAUGUUGAACCAUAACAGAGAAACAACUCAGAGAGUCACAGGCAGCUGCUUCUGCACUUUUACAACACACUGCAUGGUGUAAAGGUUUUUCUCCUGCCCAAAGACGACAGGUGGAAAUUAGCACUGAUGCUACAGCCUGGUACAAAGUAUUUCUCCUGUUAAGGUUAAUGUAAAUUGUUUACUGUUCCUGUCUCAUAAAUAAAUAAAUUAAACUAAAGCUUCACAUCCUGAACUACAGGAAAAAGUAAAAUUUCAAAACACAAAAUCAUUAAACAUGAAUUAAAAAUCAUCAAGAAUAAGUCCCUUUUCUCUGCAGGUUAACAUGUUCUUUCUUUAUAAUCUUGCCUUGAGCCAUGUUGUAUUGUUAACACAUUUAAUGAAAACUCUAAAAAAUACUUUAUUUAUGUUUAAAUUGAUUACCGCCCUCAUUUCAAACAUUAUCAGCUCACAGACAAUAUACAUCCCAGUUUUCAGCCUUGGGGCAUCUUUGUAAAGUCAACAUGUUUUAUGUUGCAAUUUAAUGUUUUCUUACAGUGUUAUACGUAUGAUAAAAACUGAACAAUAAUUUGACACAUUUAAAAUGUUCACUAUUACUAGUUUCUGUUAUUAGCUCUGUACUAUUUUAAGCUUUGUAAUGAGUGCAGACUUUUAUUUUGCUGGCACAAAUAUAUUUUUUGGUUGUGUAUACAAAACUACAUUUAAUGAGGUGAAGAUAAUUAUGCAGCAAUAUCUGUGUAAAAAGGUAGAAGUUUAUGCACAGCUGUUUUGUUUCUGUGUUCGUUGUACGUUGCCUGUACAAUUUAUUAAUACACAUUUUUAUGUGUUCUGUUACAGUUUUACAAAAAGUAAUUUACAAAGAGACAAGU